GUGGGGCAGGAUUGACAGAAGGCCAGAGGAAUCCAGAAAUAAAAUGUGUUAAAGUGGAGAGUGUAGGAUCCUGAAGGUUGGGGACAGUUUGAGUCCGAUCACAGAGUUUAAGCAGCUUGAAAAUCUUCCCUUUCUGCAGGGGCAAGAGAAUGAAGAAGGCGAGGGAUGGGGAGGUACUGGUGGGGAGAAGGGGAGAAGAGGAGCUGGAGGACGGAGAUGAUGGCAGUAAUAACACUUCUUUGCUGGAGAAUGGCGUUGUCAAGACUGAGGAGACGAGUGAGGAUGAAGACAAUGCCUGGAAGAAGAAGCGGAACCCUUCCUCUUCCUCUGUCUUCUCCUCUAGUCACUGGUCUCAGAGCUACCGGGAGUCGGUAGAUGCAUAUGCAAUCACUGCAUCUCCCACUUUCGGGUUUCUUCGGCAGAGUCCCAUUCUCUGCUACUCGUCAACUACCCAUCAAGACACUGCACAGAGUGACAUUGUUUUUGAAGCCAAAUUGCCGCUGCUAUCUGCUGGAAGCUUUACCCAAGGAUACUCGGCUGAGAAACUCUCGAUUAAACCCAAAGAGUCAGCAGAAGAUCAAAACUUGCAAUCCUCUCGAGAAGGGCAAGAUGCUCAAGGAUGUAGCUUGACCCAGACCAUCUUUAAUGGUGUUAACGUGAUGGUGGGUGUCGGACUUCUGACUACACCAUUCACAAUAAAAGAAGCUGGAUGGGCAAGCUUGCUUGUCUUAGUGUGCUUUGCAGCCAUGUGUUGCUACACAGGCAUCCUCAUGGGACGUUGUAUGGGAAGCAGAGGAGGCAUUGUCAGCUAUCCAGAUAUAGGAGAAGCUGCUUAUGGAAAAUAUGGGCGCGCUUUCGUACUUAUGGUCUUGUAUCUGGAGUUGUAUUCCAUCUGCGUGGAAUUUAUCAUCCUGGAAGGUGAUAACCUAACAAGAAUAUAUCCGGGUACUUCGCUUGAUUUUGCUGGGAUUCAUGUCGACUCUGUCCACCUUUUUGGAAUCUUAACUGGCCUAAUUGUCAUUCCAACAAUUUGGUUAAAAGAUCUCCGAGUCUUGUCUUACUUUUCAGUUGGCGGUGUUCUUGCCACCAUUUUGGUAUCCCUUUCAGUGUUUAUUGUGGGCAAAACUGCUGGCAUAGGAUUUCAUCAGACUAGCUCCUUUAUUAACUGGGGUGGUCUUCCACUAGCGAUUGGGGUGCAUGGGUUUUGCUAUUCUGGGCACUGCAUGUUUACCAACAUAUACCAAUCAAUGGACGAUAAAACAAAAUUCAACAAGGCGUUAUUUAUUUGCUUCUUCUUAUGCACUGCAAUAUAUGGCUCUGUUGGAGCAAUGGGAUAUCUCAUGUUUGGUCAGAAAACACUAUCCCAGAUAACCUUAAACAUGCCACGACAUGCUUUUGCUUCAAAAGUUGCACUCUGGACAACAGUGAUCAAUCCCCUUACAAAAUAUGCGUUAAUUCUUAAUCCAAUUGCAAAGUGCUUUGAGGAGCUGCUUCCAGAAGGGAAACGAAAUGAGUGGGUGGUUUGCACGCUGAUGAGGACAGGACUGGUUAUUUCAACCAUUUGUGUCGCAUUUCUCCUACCCUUUUUCGGUCUAUUCAUGGCGUUGAUUGGUUCACUUGUCUGUUCACUUAUGGCUGUCAUCUUUCCUCCUCUCUGUUUCUUGAAGAUUUUGAAGAAGAAGGCUACAACCACUGAGGUCGUUCUUAGCAUCGGAACCAUUGGAGCAGGCAUGGUCUGCGCAUCUCUUGGCACAUAUUCGUCUGUGUCUCGGAUCCUGCAGAGUUUCUGAUCUGAACACUCUAUGUCCAAGUCAACUUGUGUUUCUGUUUUCUCUCGAUUGUAGAACUUUUAUGGACAGACACAUAUUGAUGGAUUAGUUAUUUAUGCAUAA